AUGCCGUCCGAGCAUGAGGGCGAGUCCCCAAAGGGGCUGACGGUGGACGAGUCGUAUGCCAACAGCAAUCUUACGGCACACAGAGAGAAAAAGCCACCAUGGUGGUCUUACAUAUGGGAUUAUGAGCCUGGCCGCUCGCAUGAGGAACGUGUUUUCAUCCAGAAACUUGACGUCUUCCUCAUCACGAUGCUUAGUUUCGGGUACUUUAUAAAGAAUCUCGACCAAACCAACAUUAGCAACGCUUUUGUAAGCGGCAUGAAAGAAGACCUUGCUAUGAACGGCAAUGAGCUUAACCUUGUUGACACGGCUUGGACGAUCGGCUAUGUUGUUGGCCAGAUUCCGUCACAAAUUGUGCUGACCAAAGUGCGCCCUUCCAUCUGGGUGCCUUCAUGUGAGCUGUUAUGGACUGUCUUGACAUUCUGUCUGGCAGCUGCAAAGACGUCAAACCACGUUAUUGCUAUCCGAUUCUUUGUGGGCUUGGCGGAAUCAAUCUACUACCCUGCGGCCCAUACGAUUCUUGGAUCUUGGUACAAGCCGUCUGAGCUAGGAAAGCGGGCUUGCAUCUUCCACGCCUCGUCGGCCGCUGCUGGAAUGUUUUCUGGUUACCUGCAAGCUGGAGUGUACAAAGGCCUGAAUGGGGUUCACGGACUUGCUGGCUGGAAAUGGCUUUUCAUUAUGGACGGCAUUAUCAGUCUUCCGAUUUGUAUAGCUGGAUACUUUUUGAUUCCUGACCUUCCCGAGAACACAAGAGCGUUUUACUUGGACGAGAAGGAUCGUGCAAUGGCUCGCAAUCGAAUGAAAGCCGUUGGUCGUGCUCCUCGCACCAGACUAGGACGCUCGGCAUUCAAGCGAAUCUUUGGCCGAUGGCACGUCUAUUACCUGACAAUUCUGUAUGUCAUCUUUAUCAACAUUGGUCCUUCUAGCAGUGUCAGCCCUUUCUCUCUUUGGCUUAAGGACAGGGGCGAAUCGGUGGAAAGAAUCAACAUCAUUCCAACAGCUUCCUCGGCUAUCCAGCUAGUCCUUACUGUAUCCUUUGCCAUAAUAUCCGAUGCCAUCCGCCACCGUGCAAGUAUCAUGUCUAUUUCAACCUUUCUUGGGGGCUUUGCCGCUCUCCUCCUCGCUAUAUGGAAUAUCCCGGUCGGACUGAAAUGGUUUGCCUUCCUUCUGCAGCGCGCCUCUGUGCCCUAUGGCCCCUUGAGCAUGAGCUGGACGAAUGAAAUUUGCGGUGCUGACGCCGAGGAACGUGCCAUUGUCAUCGGCAUUAUGAACUCUCUUGGAUACGCUUUCAAUGCUUGGGUGCCGCUCCUGACGUACCCACAAGUUGAUGCGCCCAAAUUCAGAAAAGGUUUCACUUUCUCGACUGUCGCGUUCGGUGCUCAGGCUAUUAUUACAGCAACGGUGGCGUAUUUGUAUAAUAAAGAACAAAAGAAGAAGAAGAGUAAGCCUGAUGAGGAGCAUGUCGAGGUGAAUGCGACUAGUCUUAGGGGUUAA